CUCGUCGUAGUGCUGUGCAAGUCUUGUCGUUCAAACGUUCAUCCCACUUUCGUGGAAAAUAUGCAAAGAAUAAUCAAAAGCCUCCAUCGUCUUCUCCGAAUGACCUGCCAGUUCUCAGCUUUAAAUAUGAUCAAAAGCAAGCAAGCUCACAACUUCAACUAUAAAAGCAACGCUGACUUCUUCAAAAUUAAAACCCACCAAACUUGUAACCACCAAAAUUAACAAAACCAGUUUAAAACCCACAAGCCACACCUGAAAAUUUCCCAGAAACCCAAUUCUCGAAACCCCCCAAAAUUCCAUGGACUUGAAUUCCUCUCCUCCCAAUUCCAAUUCCAACACCGCCAUUCCUGUAGUCUCAACCUUUUCAUCGCCUUUCGAGAACCCGCCUUCGGCGCAAGAUGGGGCCAACGGUUCCACCCGAAAGCCCAUAAGCUUGUGGCCCGGAAUGUACCAGUCGCCGGUGACAAAUGCACUGUGGGAAGCGAGAUCUAAGAUCUUCGAGAGGUUCUUCUUGGACCCACCAAAAGACGCUCCUCCACAGAGCGAGUUGCUCAACAAGACUCCGGCGCAGAGCAGGACCACAAUUCUGUACAAUUUCUCUUCCGAUUAUAUAUUGAGGGAGCAGUACAGAGAUCCUUGGAAUGAGGUUAGAAUUGGGAAAUUGCUUGAGGACCUUGAUGCUUUAGCGGGAACCAUUUCUGUCAAGCACUGUUCUGACGAUGAUAACACAACAAGGCCACUCUUGCUGGUCACUGCAUCUGUUGACAAGAUUGUUCUGAAGAAGCCGAUUAGUGUUGAUAUUGAUCUAAAAAUAGUUGGUGCUGUCAUAUGGGUUGGGCGAUCAUCUAUUGAGAUUCAAUUAGAAGUCACCCAGUCCUCUAAAGAAGGAUCUGACAAUUCAGACUCAGUAGCUCUUUCAGCAAACUUCAUAUUUGUGGCUCGUGAUUCUAAAACUGGGAAAGCUGCUCCAGUUAAUAGGAUCUCACCAGAAACUAAACGAGAAAAAUUGCUUUUCGAGGAAGCAGAAGCCAGAAAUAAUCUGAGGAAAAGAAAGAGCAGAGGAGGAGACAAAAGGGAGUUUGAGAAUGGAGAAGUAAAUAGACUUGAAACACUGUUGGCUGAGGGAAGGAUCUUCUGUGAUAUGCCUGCCUUGGCAGACAGAGAUAGCAUUCUUCUGAGGGAUACCCGCUUGGAAAACUCAUUGAUCUGCCAACCACAGCAGAGAAACAUCCAUGGUCGAAUCUUUGGAGGGUUUUUGAUGCACCGUGCAUUUGAAUUGGCUUUCUCCACAGCUUAUGCCUUUGCAGGCUUAGUGCCUUACUUUCUAGAAGUCGAUCACGUUGACUUCUUGAGACCUGUGGACGUUGGAGACUUCCUACGUUUCAAAUCAUGUGUCCUCUACACAGAAGUUAAUCCAGAUCAGCCUCUGAUUAAUAUUGAAGUUGUUGCUCACGUUACCAGGCCUGAGCUCAGGUCUAGUGAGGUGUCGAAUACAUUUUAUUUCACCUUCACUGUGCGUCCCGAGGCGAAGGCCAAGAAAAAUGGAUUUAGGAUACUAAAUGUGGUUCCAGCAACAGAGGAAGAAGCACGCCAUAUAGUAGACCGCAUGGAUUCUCAAGCCUUGCUUUCAACAAGAGGCUUCGGAAAAUAAACGCGAAUACUAAUUGUACGAGACAAUAGGCAAUGAAGAAGCUCAUAGUUGCUAGUUACAAGUUAAAAAACAAAAUCUUAAAGAAAAACCUUUGAACAAGAGCCUUUGAACAAAUGGGCUAUAUUUAUAUUUCUCCUGUAAUUGAAACUUUUGGAAAAGGUGAGCAAGCGUACGCCUCAUCUUCUUCACCCUAUCAGUUGAUAUAUAUGUAUUCAAAAGAAGGGCUCAUAUUUAUAUGUAGUGCCUGUAAUAUCAAAUUGUCAAUCAAAACCACAAAUCUACUUAUUUCAUCUGUGAUUUGUGUAGCGAA